GGCAACACUGGGAAAAUGUGUCAUCUGCUAGCCCUCGAAUUUUGGACUCUUGUGGAAAAAUUAUAUUGCAGUACAUUUUAUUUUUCCAUCUCACAACGUUAAAGAAUUUAACUUAAUAACCAAUUUCAACAGCUUUAUCUCACAUCAUAACGUGUGAACGAAAACCGAGCCAGGCAAGCACCCAAUAGAAAAGGCGCUAAAAAUGGUGUUCAACUUCACAGCCUUUACUUAUAUAGUAGCUUUGAUAGGCGAUGCAUUCUUAAUAUUUUUCGCAAUAUUUCAUGUAAUCGCGUUCGAUGAACUAAAAACAGACUAUAAAAAUCCCAUUGAUCAAUGCAAUAGUCUGAAUCCGUUGGUGUUACCGGAGUAUUUACUUCAUAUUUUCCUCAACUUAUUGUUCCUUCUAUGUGGCGAGUGGUUCUCGUUAUGCAUUAACAUACCCUUAAUUGCAUAUCACAUAUGGCGUUAUAAGAAUCGCCCUGUCAUGACUGGUGCAGGACUCUACGAUCCAACAACAGUGCUCAGUACAGAUAAUUUAACAAAAAAUAUGCGCGAAGGUUGGAUUAAAUUGGCUAUUUACCUAAUAUCUUUCUUCUACUACAUUUAUGGAAUGGUUUAUGCGCUAAUCUCUACGUAGAAGUCAAGCGUAGUGCAGUGAUCUCGACCAAAAAAGUAAAAUUUACAGCUGCAAUCAACUCAACACUUCAUAUGAACAACCCAAGUGAUUAUAAGCUUAGUUUUGUGUAAUUAAAAACGUGUUGCAAGAAGAAACGAAAACAAGUCAUUAAGAUAUUCUCAAAUAUUAAAUGUAAGAAAGAUGAAAGAAGCCAUAUUCUUGAACUUCAAAAAGCACUACAUGAAUUGAGAUUUUUAAAACAUAAUAACGAAAAUAAAAACGAAUGAAAAUCUAUUAA